CUCAGUUCAGAAGCAACCUUCCUUGCUUGAAAAGCUUUUCGCAGAGAGCCAAAAACACCCCCAAAAUCAAAUCAAUAUGAAGUGCAUCAUUGUUGCAGUCAUGGUCGCGCUGGCCGUUGCCGCCGAAGGAAGUGCCAUCAGCUCGUACGCCGUUCCGCUGGCCUACUCUGUCCCGCAGACCACGGUCAUCCAGCAGAACGUCGCCCCGAAGUACGUCGUGUCCGGUUAUGAGGGUGCUUACGUAGCUGCUCCCUAUGCCUAUCCUGCUGCUCACAGCUACGCCGUCCCGGCCGUAUCGUACACUAGCUCCGCCAUCCAUCCGGUGCCCUAUGCUGCCCCGGCCGUCGUGCACGCUGCCCCGGUUCAUGUGGUGCAGAAGGAGGCGCGCUAUCUGGCCGCCAACCGUGGUGCAGUGCAUGAAGCUCCCCUGGUCGGACAUGCCAUCAACCAGCAGUCGCUGAACCUGGCCCCGGCCCCUGGAACUCUCUAAACAUUUGGCAGCCACUGGUUUGGGGGGGGUUUUCUGCCCAUCAACCAAUCAUGUCGAUCCUCUCUACCUCAAUAAAUGAAACCAAAACCAA